AUGUAUAACAUAGGAGCGACUUCUUCCGGGGUGGGAACUGCGACCGGAGUUCCCGGUUCCUCCGAAGCACCAACAGGAACAGGAACAGUGACGAGUACGAGAACGGCACCGCAGGCAGGAACCGGAACGAGAACCCGGAUAGAACCGGAAAGCGGAGCCGGUGGACCGCAGCCACCCAGCCACCCGCCGCCGGUCUCGUACUCGUCCAUGUACUCGGUAGCACCCAUAACUUCGCACCAACACCCAGACACCUCCGCCCUGACAGCCAACCACCUGGCCACCGUCGGCCCGUCCAGCGCUGGCGCUGCCUCGACGGUGGUGCCCGAGUUUGACCACCAACACCGAGCUUGGGUUUCCACGGGCGGGCUCACACCCUUACAAGGCGUGUAUCCCAGCAUGCUGGCAACCGCUGGAGCGCCGGCUGCGGUGCUGCCCCCAGCUGCAGCGGCUCCGCCUGCGCUAAAAUGGGCAUCGCACGUGACACAAACGCCGGUGGAACCGGUCCACACAGCGAGUUCUCAAGGGUCGAUCCUGCCAGAGACUUCGGCCUGGCCAUCAGAGCUACCGCUAUCCGCAUAUGGGCCGGAAUACAUCGGUGGCUCCACGGGCGGCAGACAAUACAUGGUCGCCCAGCCGUUCGCAACGAACCUGCCCGUAAAUUUGUCCGUCACAGGCGCUAUAUGGCCUGUGGCUAGCAGCGGCAACCCUAGCUCCGUUUCGAUGGGUCUACCGAUGCUGGCACAGCCUUCGGCCAGGCCUCUACCGCCACUUCAACAACAAAAACAACAACAACAGUUUGUAGCUGCUAACCAUCGAGAAAACGUACAAAACGACCCACCAGCGCGCAGCUUUGUGGAUAGCAGUAGUGAUUGGAGCUCGGCAGUCACAUAUGCGGACUAUCGGUGUGGCAUGUGUGAGCGAUCCUUUCGGCGGCGCUCAUGGCUCAAGCGCCAUUUGUUGUCGCACUCAAACUUCAAGCCCUACAAGUGUCCUUGGUGUUCGAGCCGUCACAAGCGACGCGACAACUUAUUUCAACACAUGAAGAUCAAGCACGUACUACAGGUUUUGCAGGAGCUAUAUCGAGCUGGAGACCAGAUAGAUUCCUCCCUGCUUGAUCACUAUGCAUCGGCCAGUGCGUCGACCACGGAAGAUGCCGUUGGCCCAUCCAGCUCAAGCAUUCGCAUUUUGAUUGACGAGGGAAGAAUUCGUAAGGAUCGGGUCAAGACAGUUCUCAACGACAUAAUAAGCCGAACCCAAGGUGAUUCUGUAGAUAUUUAG